AUGAAGAUCAAGUACGACGUCAUCGAACUGACCGAGACGAAACGACGCCAUCCACUGGACGCCGUGUAUGACACUGGAGAAGAACUGUUCCUAGGAACAUGCGACAGUAGAGGAGUUGGUGUAGUUGAUGUUCUUGUCAACACGAAUAUGGCAGUGAACAUCAACUCUUUGAAACAUCUUAUAACCCGAAUUGGACGUUUACGGAUGAGAAGAUGUAGAUCAACACCAGUUUUGACAAUCUUCGUCGUUACGCUCCAACAUCAAGCCACGAAGAAAAAGUCGAAGUUUUCUGUAUGGAUUUGGAGAAGUUUUACAGAGAAGAUCAUACCUUCUACAAUUUCAUAA